ACUUCCGGCGGCGGCGGCGGCGGGUCGGCAGUUCCUAAAGCACGGCGGGCAAGACAGUGCCUUGAGCCCAGAAAGGCGUCCCCAGCACAGACCGCACAACCUUGUUUAACUGGAAACUGUCCCCAGGACCCCGGUACUCGAUGGUCCACGUUUGAAGGAAGGAGCUGCCACCAUCCGCCUCAGAAGGCCAGAGGUUCCAGCAGGUGGACAGGUCCCCCAGGAACCCCCAGUGUGCCAGUAUCCCCUCCCGCAGAGAGGACCAGGAGCCCGGAAGACCAGCAACAGCCGGGGUGAGGGGCGGCUGACACUGGAGGGGGGAACGAAGGAGAGGCUGUGCCCAUGGUGACCCAGGCUCGGUGGGACGGGACAGGCAGGUGAGGGAGCAGAGGAGAGGGGGCAAGGAGUCUGCUAGGACCGCCCCCCCCCUGUGUGUGUCCCCCCAGCUGCUGGGGACAAGCCACCCCCAAUGGCCUCCAAGCAGGCGGCUGGGAGGAGCCCGGGGGAGAAGCGCAAGAGGGUGGUGCUGACCCUGAAGGAGAAGAUUGACAUCUGCACGCGGCUGGAGAAGGGGGAGAGCAGGAAGGUGCUGAUGCAGGAGUACAACGUGGGUAUGUCCACCUUAUAUGACAUCAAGGCGCACAAGGCGCAGCUGCUCCGCUUCUUUGCCAACUCGGAUUCCAACAAGGCCCUGGAGCAGCGGCGCACCCUGCACACGCCCAAGCUCGAGCACCUGGACCGCGUGCUGUACGAGUGGUUCCUGGGCAAGCGCGCCGAGGGCGUGCCCGUCUCCGGCCCCAUGCUCAUCGAAAAGGCCAAGGACUUCUACGAGCAGAUGCAGCUGACGGAGCCCUGCGUGUUCUCUGGCGGGUGGCUGUGGCGGUUUAAGGCCAGACACGGCAUUAAGAAGCUGGACGCAUCCGGGGAAAGACAGGGGGCUGACCACCGAGCGGCCGAGCAGUUCUGUGGGUUUUUCCAGAGCCUGACUGCUGAGCACGGCCUGUCCCCUGAGCAGGUUUACAACGCUGAUGAGACCGGCCUUUUCUGGCGGUGCUUGCCGAAUCCCGGCCUGGAGGGCGGUCCAGCGCCUGGCGUCCGGCAGAACAAGGACAGGCUGACCGUCCUGAUGUGUGCCAACGCCACCGGCUCCCACAAAAUCAAACCCCUGGUGAUCGGGAAAUGCGGUGCCCCCCGGGCUUUUGGGGGCAUCCAGCACCUGCCUGUGGCGUACAAGGCCCAGGGUAACGCGUGGGUGGACAAGGAGAUUUUUUCUGACUGGUUCCAUCAUAUCUUCGUCCCGUCUGUGAAGGAGCACUUCAGAGCGGCGGGUCUGCCCGAGGACGGCAAAGCCAUCCUGCUGCUGGACCAUGCCCGCGCCCGGCCACGGGAGGCCGAGUUGGUCUCUGGGAACAUCUUCACCAUCUUUCUGCCUGCCAGCGUCACCUCCUUGAUUCAGCCCAUGGACCAGGGCAUUCGGAGGGAUUUCAUGAGGCACUUCCUCAACCCCCCCGGCCCGCUGCAGGGCUGCCACCCCCGCUACAGCACCAACGACGCCGUCUUCAACGUGGCCUGCGCCUGGAGCGCUGUGCCAGGCCACGUCUUCAGCCGUGCCUGGAAGAAGCUGUGGCCCGCAGUCACGUUUGCCGAAGGCUCGUCUUCUGACGAGGAUCCAGAUGGCCUCCAGGUGAAGCCUCACGAUCAGACUUUCGCGCACAUCCUGGAGCUGGGUAGAGAGGUCCCCGGUCGCCCUGGCAGCCGACUUCACCGCGGCACAGCCACCGAGCGGAGCGGGCCAGGCUGUGCGGCCGGGGAGGACCCGGCCCCGGCUGCGGGGAGCCUGGAGCCGGCCGAGAAGGACGGUGAUGAGGCCGCCUGGGAGCAGGCAGCGGCGUCCUUUGAUGCUGUGGUCCGCUUCGCCGAGGGGCAGCCCUGCUUCACAGCACAGGAGGUGGGGCAGCUGCGCGCACUGCACUCGGUGUUUGCCAGGCAGCGGCAGGUGAAGCGGCGGUGCAUGGCCCUUAGGGCCGUGGUCAAACUCGAGACCCCCCCGGAGGCCUCCCCUCUGCCCUGCUCAUCCACAGCUGGCAAGCACUGA